AUGGAUGCUGCCAUUUCAAAUGUCAAUGGCAAGAUAUGGAUUUUUCUGGAUUCAGUCGUGCAGUGGGACUUAUUAAUUGACACGGAACAACAACUUACUAUCAGAGUCUAUCAUCAAGAUAUUGGUAAAUAUAUCAUGAUGACUUUCGUAUAUGCUAAGUGCUCAUCACUUGACAUAUUAGAAUUAUGGGACAGUUUAUACUACCUUGCAAGUGACAUGGAACUACCAUGGCUAGUUGGAGGGGAUUUUAAUGUGCUUUUGAAUGAAGAAGAGAAAAUUGGAGGGCUUCCAGUCUAUCCUCCAGAAUAUGAAGACUUUGCCUUCUGUGUAAACUCAUGUGAACUCUUUGACACUGGUUACAAAGGAAGUCCCUUCACAUGGUGGAAUGGGAGGCCAAAUGCAGAAUGCAUAUUUAAAAGACUGGACAGAAUCUUUGUUAAUUCCCCAUUCCAAUCUCUAUUCCUAACUACAGAGGUCGAAUAUCUUGUUAGAACAGGCUCGGAUCAUGCACCACUGCUCACUUACAGGGACAUCUUCAAGCAACUAGCUUUAAGGGAAGAUAUGGUCAGAAUAAAGGAAAUGCUUUUUGAAGAAGAACCUAGAGUUGAGAAUAGAAUUGUACUUCAGAAGGCACAAUCCGAAUUAAAGAGAUAUCUGAGCAUAGAGGAACAAUAUUGGAAACAAAAAGCAGGUAUGCCUUGGUUUGCAGAAGGAGACAGAAACACUAGUUUCUUUCAUAACCAUAUCAAUGGUAAAAGGCAAAAACUCCAAUUGAAGAGGAUCCAGAACCAUGAUGGUAAUUGGAUUGAGUCGCACGAACUGACGGCUGACGCAACAGUUGAAUUUUUCUAG